AUGAGUAGCGUAAGUCGAUGCGACCCAUUGCUGCACAGCGUUCUCAUCCAGAAUCCUCUGAACGCUGACCUUUUGAGUGCAUCGUCUGUCUUCCGCAAUGCUUGGUCGCGCGGGCCCUGCCUUGCGUGUUGGGGCAGCUCCUUCGCAAAGCCGCACAGAAGCUCGAGGAGUCGAGGCCUUCUCGCGGAUCACCGAAGAUGAAGGAUUCGACUGUACUGCCAGGCUCUCGCCUUGCGCUCAGCUUAGAGCAAGCUGCGAGUGACGAUGAGCGCAAAGCUCUAGUUAGGGGCAUCUAUCGUCACCGCAAACAGUAUGGUGUCAAUCUUGGCUCCCUCUUUGCCCUUGAACCAUGGCUCGUUCCAUCCCUCUUCACCGGUAUAGUGAGCGCCUCUAGCGAGAUGGAUCUGCUCAGUGCGACCGGUGCGGAUUCGCUUAAUCGAUUGCAGACGCAUUGGCAACAGUUCAUCGACGAUGGUGACUUCCAAUGGAUGAGGGGACACGGAAUAAACACGAUCAGGCUGCCUAUCUCAUAUGCGGCAUUCGCAGCAAGCCAAGCGCCCGAUCUGCUGCGCGGCACAGAGUACGAGAAUUUUGCGGAGAUCUACCGGACAGCAUGGACGUCCGUAGAUCAGAUUAUUCGCAAAGCUGCGACUCACCAGAUCGGCGUGCUGAUCGACCUUCAUUGCGCUCCAGGCGGGCAAAAUGCUGACGGACACUCGGGUCUGUCUGGCGCGCCGCUUGCGUUCUGGCAAGGCCCUCGAGCAGACUGGAAUCGCGAAAGAACGAUCGAGAUACUCUUGCGGAUUGCAGAGCGACUCUCAGUCACCGAGUACGACAAUGUUGUAGGUCUGGAGCUGCUCAAUGAACCGAAGAACGACGGAAGAUUACAGGCAUGGUACGAGCGCGCUCUGGAUGCUAUCCGAAGGCAGAACAUCGACCUUCCCAUCUACAUUGGCGAUGCUUGGGAUGCGAAUCACUACUCGGGCUGGCUGGCGCAACGAAGCGACUUUGUUGUUCUGGAUCACCACUGUUAUCGGUGUUUUACGGAUGCAGAUCAUCGCACCUCUGCCGACCAACACGCGAGCACCAUGACCCAUCCACACGGUCACAUGCAUCAGGCUCUCGAGAGCUGGUCCAGUAGGGCAGCUGGUGGGAAAGGGGGGGGCAUCAGAGGUGGGAACUUGAUCAUCGGAGAGUGGAGUGCUGCUCUCAAUCUUAGAAGCUUUGGAGGCAGCGAUGCGCCCAGCGCAACUUCCAAGCAGACUCAGUGGGCACAAGCGCAGCUACAAUGCUACAAUCGAAACACAGCUGGCUGGUACUUGUGGACUCUGAAGAAAGAGGGCCCGCCAGAGUGAGUAAAGCGCCGUAUCCGCGCACCAGCAUCUUCUGAAUGUGACCGAUGUCUCUUUCGCAGUGCUGGAUGGUGCCUGUAUUCUGCCGUAGAAGCUGGUGUACUGCCAAGGAUGCUCUCAGAGAGUCGCUCGGCAGCACCUCCAUCGAAUGCCCUGCAAGCAGCACAAGCGCAAGCCACCACAUCGCACGAAUCUUACUGGUCUCAGCACGAUCGUGGAGUUCUUUCGCAGAGCUGGCGCUUCAAGGAAGGAUUUCGACAAGGACUUACUGACGCUCACACCUUUUGGUCUUUUGGAAGGAGUGCAGUUGGCUUCCGCAACCAGUGGUGUCAUGCUCGUCUCUUACAACAUCAGCACGAUAACGGCAAGGAGCAAAGUUGGCAAUUUGCUCACGGCAUGUCCCAAGCACUGGACGCGUUCGCGACGGCCUAG